AUGGAGCGCCCGACCCGGCCCUACGCCCCGGGCGGCCGGGAAGACUGCUGGAGCGACGACGCCACGUCAGUGCUGAUCACGGCCUGGGGCGACCGUUACCUCCGUCUCAACCGCGGCAACCUCCGCCAAAAGGACUGGACAGAAGUCGCCGACGCCGUCAACUCCCGCCGUGACGGCGCCGUUUACAAGACGGACGGGCAGUGCAAGAACCGAAUCGACACGCUGAAGAAGAAGUACAAGCUCGAAAAGUCCAAGCCCUUCCCGUCGUCCUGGAUCUUCUACGACACUCUCGACUCCCUCAUCGGAGUCCCCUCCUCCUCAAACGCUGCCGUUUUGAACAAACCCUCAAAGCAGCCGCUCACUCUCGCCCUGACCCUCAAAGCCGCCGACCCGCCAAGCCCGGAGAGCGAUGAUGACGUGGAGGAGGAGGAGGGGGGAGUAGGGUUGGGGGGUGGGGCGGCGUGUAGGGAAUUGGCUAGGGCGAUACUGAAGUUUGGGGAGAUUUAUGAGAGGAUGGAGAGGUCGAAGCAGGAUCAGGAGGUUGAGCUGGAGAAGCAGAGGAUGGCUUUUACUAAGGAGCUUGAGGUGGAGAGGUUGAAUAUGUUUAUGGAUGCUCAGUUGGAGCUGGAGAAGAUGAGGAAGAAGCGCCCCAAAUACUCUCAUUCUUCCGGUACUGAUUCACUGGGUUUUCGUGCAUUUUCGCUUAGACAAUUUUGUUCAAUGCCUAUUCUACAAGCAACUGUUUUACAAUCUAGUUUGAACUUGUCACAUUGGUGCUUUGCGCGAGUUAUAUUUCACUAA